GUCGCCGGAAGCAGCAGGUUUGAGGAGGACAAAAACACAGAGAACAGGACGCGGUCAAGCCUUAGACUCAGCCCCUCAUCAUUCCUCCAAACAUUGCCCCAGUCAGAGCAGAAACAUGGCUUUAACCCAGGAGUGUGUUCUGUCUUUUCUGCUGGAACACGGAGGUAAAGUGAGGAACACGGAGCUGGUCAACUCUUUCAGGAGCCACAUCAACUGCACCGAUCCCGCGGAAAAGCAGCACAAUAGGGACCUGUUCAAGAAGUUGGUGAACAGCGUCGCGGUGGUGAAACAGAUCGACGAGGUGAAGUUUGUAGUGGUGAAGAAAAGGUACCAGGACUUUGUCAAAGAGGCGGCGAAUGAUGCCCAGGCUGCAAAAACACACUCGGAUGACAGCUUCUCAAGCCAAAACACCAGCUUUUCUUACACAUCUCCUCGUCGAUCGGACUCAGUCAAGGCCAUUUACUCGGACAUCGAGAACAAUAACACAACAUACGUCUUAAACAUCAAUGGUAAUUAUCACAGGGAUGCGGGAUGUGAGCGCGAAGACGGAUCGGUGUGCAGAGGCGUCGGGAGUGUGGACACAACUACGGUCAAAGUCCUGAAUCUCUCCGGCGAUCAAGCGAUCAGAGCGGGUAAGUCUGGAGCUGUGUUCGCCGUCAUAGCAGUGAAAUCCCCCCCGAGGAUCACAUCUGCAUCGGUAACACACGAUGAUCCACAUGCACAAGUGUCCCAGCAUAAACCUGCAGAGAAACCAAAUAAUGUCCCUGCACCAUCAGUCCCAUCUGCGCCUGCCCACUGUCCACCUCACAGAAAGGAUGCAUCAGGUUGGAAGACCAGGCACACAGAGGAGAUGCAACCCCCUAACUUUACCCAAGUCAGGAUCCAAAACAAGAGUCUAAGACACGGAGAGGAUGCCAGGUACUCAGAGGCAGUGCCCUUGGAGCCUUUAGCCCAUGAGUGGUUGGUGAAGUGUGCUGCAGGGCUGUGGGGUCAGAUCUAUGCUCUGCUGCUGAAGGACACAAGGUUAGCACAGAAAAAAGACUUCAUGUCAGGUUUCACAGCACUGCACUGGGCUGCCAAGGAUGGUAACCGUGAAAUGAUUAAUAAACUGAUGGAUAUUUCCAAGAAAAGAAGCACUUAUGUCAACAUCAACAGCAAAGCACAUGGAGGAUACACACCUUUGCACAUCGCAGCCAUCCACGGACACAUUGAUGUGAUGCUCCUGCUUGUGCAAAGGUAUGGAGCUAAUGUCAGUGAGAGGGAUAAUGAUGGAAAGAAGGCAUGGCACUACCUCGGUAAAGGUGUGUCAGCUGAGGUACGAGCACUUCUAGGGGGGCUGCCACACAGCAAGUACACAGAAAAGACAGAAGGUGAUGAGUAUAGAGAGCACACAAGAGGCUUCAACACUAUUAGUAAACUGUUCCAGCCUCACAUAGGGAAGAAGCAAAAAACAAGCACCAGGCUAGCCCAUGAAUGGUGAGACUGGCAGAAGUAAUUUGUAAGUUUGUACUUUUAACCACUCCUGAUAAAGCAUUUAGUCACGUAAUGCAGAUUUGAAGACCAAAUAUCACCGGUCAGCAUGUUGUUGUUAUUCAGUGUGCUAAAUCUUACAUACUGUAAUCAGAUGAAUCUGAAAACAAAUGGCAAAACUGCUGGUUAACUGAUGUUUUCAAUGUAUAUGAUAAAGUGUCAUUAGAUGUUGGUUUAUGUACAUUUAUACAACAGAUUUAUAAA